AUGGCGCCCAAGAAGAAACCCGAUCCUUCGGCUCACCCAUCAACCUCGAAGGCUCCGCCGUCCGCGGCAUCUAACACUGCGGGGGGUGUGGAGGCACACGAGGGCGCAGACGCUGCUGGGGAUGUGGUCGGAGCAGGCGGCACCGACAGCACUUCCCCCGCAGCCGACGCGGGAGCAGGGAACACCGGAGGAGAGCAGCGUCAGCAACACCCCGAUGGCCACGCUCCCCAAGGUACGGGUGAGGGGGUUAAUCCAUCUGUGCCCCUCUCUCCCACCGACGGGCAGAGCCACAGCAACGGCACUCGGACCGGGGCGAACUCGACGCCCUCCGGCCGCCCCUACCAUGGGUGCACCUCCGCCGGGACGGGCGACCAAGCCGUUGCGCUCGACUGA